AGUCAGAUAUAGAAAUAAAGAUGACUAAUGCUAAGCUUUUCAUAUUUCAACAAUCCAACUGUCGGUUCAUUUGUACUUCAGUAACCGCAUAGACUUUGAGAAAGAUAGUUUGAAUUUUGUGUAAAAUACUAAUAAAGCUAUGGAAAAGGAAGUUCAACAAAGAAGUCAUAGUUGUAAAACUUGUCAAGCACAUGUGCUUAACAUUUCCGGAAAAGUGGAGUCAAGCCAAAGCGUUUCCUGUCUUGAAAAUAAAAUUCUAUCGGUUCCUGAUCUGCCAGUAAUAAGUCCAAAAUCAUUUCCGAUUAUAAUGGGUAGAAUACUAUUGAGAUCUAAUUGCCCGCCGGAACCCGUAACAAAAGUGAAUCUAACCGACUUUGAGCAGAAUCUGUGCUUCUUGUGCAUGGAGAAACCAUCGUUGGGAAAGCGAGUGUAUCACAUGUUCGUCACAAAUGAAAUGGAUAUAGAAAAGGACUAUCUGAAAGUGCGAAAAACCUACGAGAAAAAUAAGGACAUCGUAAUCGUGGACCAGCUAACACUUUACACCCUUUGUGCGCGAUCCUUGUACCACAGAGUUCAGAAUAAGUUAACCGAUGUCAAGUGGAAUAAGCACCGAAAUGUUUUUGAGAUGAAAAAAAUUGGGCUAAAGGACAAUUUGAACCUUUGGAACAAGUUGUAUGCGCUGGAAAACGAAGAGAGGGCAAAGCUAUUUAACUAUACUAAGUUCCUAAGCGCAACGAAAAGCUAAACAUAUUUGUUUUCAUACCCCUUUACUUUAAAUGGUAUUAUACAAUUUUAACAUUUGUGAAAUAAAGUUAUAUGCAUCAGAUGGUCCACCCUAAUCAAAAAACAUAUGAUUGCCAUUCUCUGGAAAACUUUCAUUAUCGAGCUCAUCACUAAUUCUGUGCUUUGCUUGUGAACUUUUGUGUUGUGAAAUAGCAGAGUAUUUCGAUACCUUACAAAACAAUCCAUCUAUUUAACGAGUGGUUUUUGACCAACACAACUCAGUAUUGGCAUAUAAACAUUAAAGGGGAGACAUUACAAAAUUCUAAAAAUUAUAACCAUGGAAGCUGAAGCUCAUGAAUGUAGAGCACCUGUAUCUGCAAACAUAAGUGAU